AAUUUCCCCUAUCAUCUUAAAUUUGAAGAGGACUGGAGAAAAAUUAAAUUUUAGAGAAAAAGGAAGAUGGAGGGCCAGUCAUCCCCCCGUUCGUUCCCUUCCGCGUGGACCAUAAAAGGCGAUGCCACCGCCCGCAAUCAACUUCCACAUCCCCGUCGUCUUCGUCUCGGCGCGUCCACAGCAAGACACACUCGUCCAGGAAAGGAAAGGAAAACCCUAGAAUUGAUUGGGCGUGCGCCGCCUUUGUUCGUGAUUCCAGUGUUUUAUAUUCUUAGGAUCUUCCAUUUUCUUGGCGAAGAUAUGGAAAACAUAUUUGUUGGGUCAAGAUUUCACGGCAUCGAGAUCUCAUCAUUCCAGGAGUUCCUUGAAUGGCAUCUUUGUAACUGCGAGAAAUUCGCAGCUUCCAUGUUCACCAGUUGCAGUUAGCAAAAAAAUGAUUUAUCGAGGGAAGUGGACGAGGAAGCAUGCUAACCUAUUAGGCAUGUAUGAUAUGUGGCAUUGUUCUUUCGGGAACUUCAUGACUUGCCAAUGAAGUACUUUAUUGUAGCAGGUCGGAAUUAGGUCCAGAAUGUAUCACAUUAUGAUAAAAUUGGUGCUUGUCGAUGGCACAUAAAAAAAAAUUUGAGGUUUUUAGAGUGUGAAUAAAUGUCUUGUUCUCCAGACCAAGUACAUAGGCUAUUGUAGGCGAGAUCGUUUCAAUCAAAUCAUGCAAUUAGUGGAAGCUCUGCUUUACUAGUCUGCUGAACCCCAAUCCUGGGCAACAUUGUGUUUUCCUAUCUUACUACUUUAGAAUAAGAGAUAUAGAAUUUUGAAGACCCCAACUGUUACUGCUUCUUGAAAGCCAAGCAUGGACAAGUACAAGGCUCUCAAUGGAUUGGGAGAGGGCACAUAUGGAAAUGUUUGGAAAGCCAUAAACUGCCAAACUGGUGAAACUGUUGCAAUAAAAAAAUUAAAGAAGAAGUACUAUUCAUGGGAAGAAUGCCUUAAUCUUAGGGAGGUUCAGUCCUUGCGGAAGCUGAACCACCCUAACAUUGUGAAGCUGAAGGAACUCAUCAGGGAGAACAAUCUUCUGUAUUUUGUGUUCGAAUACAUGGAAUGCAAUUUAUACGAAGUUAUGAAGACCAGGAGCAUACCUUUUACAGAGGCAGAAGUUAGGAACUGGUGCUUUCAAGUGUUCCAAGCUCUUGCUUACAUGCAUCAAUGUGGAUAUUUUCACCGAGACCUGAAGCCAGAGAAUUUGUUAGUUACCAAGGAUGCAAUCAAAAUUGCGGAUUUUGGGCUUGCUCGAGAGGUCCUUUCUCAGCCUCCAUAUACCAACUAUGUCUCUACACGUUGGUAUCGAGCACCUGAAGUUUUGCUUCAAGCACCUGUUUACAGCUCUUCUGUAGAUAUGUGGGCCAUGGGUGCUAUCAUGGCGGAGCUAUUUACUCUUCAGCCUCUUUUUCCUGGAUCAAGUGAACUGGAUGAGAUCUACAAGAUAUGCAGCGUCCUUGGUAGCCCUGGCAUGGACACAUGGCCUGAGGGGUUGCAACUUGCAAAUUUACUGAAUUAUCAGUUUCCAUUGUUUGCACCCUGCCAGCUAUCAAUUCUUAUACCAUCAGCCAGCAAGGAAGCAAUAGAUCUCAUUUCUUCACUUUGUUCUUGGGAUCCAAAGUCAAGGCCAACUGCUGCUGAGGCACUUAGGCACUCUUUCUUUCAGCCUUGCUUCUAUAUACCCCCACCACUCCGUCAAAGAUCAGAUUCUUCCUUUAUGAAUCAACAUAUUGAUACAAGACCUCAAUAUGCAGAGAGGAGAAAAGGUGCUGCUGUGCAAAGGACUGGCAGAAGAUACACAGAAGCACCAUUUACUAUCGAAGCUUCUUAUGCCUCUUAUUCUCCUAUGCAGUCUACUUCCAAUACAGGAAUACGACGGGCAUUUGCAGGGGAUACUCUGGGGCAGGGUGUGCAUGUAAACAAAAAGGCUACUGCAGCAGCUAGCAGACAGAUGGGAUAUCAUUAUGAAAUGAACUACAAGUCUGGUUUUGGUUAUGUUGGUGGUGUUACUUCUAAAAAUAUCUUGGAUGCUCCCCUCAACAGAAGCAGGAGGAUGCCUUAUCUACCUAGCGCUUGUGCUCCAGGUAAUGCAGAAUGUUCAAAUAUCGACACGAAGGGAAGCCAUGCUUCUGCGGCUUUAUCUAGUUGGUAUCGGCGUGACAUCUUGGGGCCUGGGCCUGGCCAUAUUCCUGGACUUUCUGAAGCAGCCUGUUAGAUGGUCUUCUAGGCAGACUUAGUUCUAUAUCGCUAUAAACGGACAUGUUUGACUCGUUAUUUGUUGUGGAAUAAUUGACUCUCUUGGUUUCAGGAAAGACUUAGAUAUGAAUUUUAUCAUCUUUUUUCUUCUUAA